AUGGCCGCCAGCAACGCUGAUUCGAUCUACGACUUCGGCUAUGAGCCGAAAAAGAAAGUCGCUACCUACGGGAGAGGAGGCAAGAGGCGGACCACUGAAACGACGCGACCGGCGACUCUUCGACACGCGGAAUCGGCCCCGGUCAUGCCGUCGUCCUUCGACGAGCCCGAACCGCAAUUGUUAGCGGCCCCUCGCCUCACGACGCGCACGAUGCCAGCCACCAAAGCGAAGCGGCCGGAUGUCCGUAAGCCUAGCGGCGGAGCGCGCCAAAAGCUGGCUGCCGAAUCAUACAGCCAACCACUUCCCGACCCUUACGACAUUGAUUUGUUAGCGGAUGAGACGACACGGACAAAAAAGAGACGGGUUGCGCCGGAAUCGUCCGACAAGGGCAAGUUUACCGGACCGUACUCGACACCGGAUUCAUCGCCACCGGGCGCACGGUCGCCUGUGUUGUCGAGUGAGGAUGGCAGGCUUAGGUCAGCGCCGGACGCGAGUAUCUCCCCUGUUUCGAGGAAGACCACUCCUGAGCGGAAGAUGGAUAUGGACGGAGAUUCGCGGACGCAGAUGCCCUUUUCUGCGAAGACAUCUCGAAGAUUGAAGAACCUCAGUGUUGGUUCAAAGAUCACAAAGACAGAGAAGCAGCAGAUUCCUAUCCGCCUUGGUGCACCGGCGGCUCCCUCAACUCCAUUAGCUCCAAAGCCGACCAAGCCCGCGCGGAAGAGGCGCCUGAUUGAUGCCUUGGUCGCCCAAGAGGAGGAUGGGACCAGCUCUUCCGACGAUGAUGAAGCGCCAUUUCAAGGAUCGAAAAGUCAGGUCGCCCAGUCCCCGCUUGCCGAAUUCCAGUACUCGCCCCCGCCAGCCACAAGCCAACCAAAGCCGAUUGCACGUCCGGUUCUUACCGCGAAGAAGACUGGCCCAAAGUUUACCUACAGCCAGCAGAGGUCAAUGUUGGCUGAUGAUGAACCCUUCCUGGGAGGUGGCAGGCUCGGCGGCUUUGAUGACGGGCCUUCGGGGAGCGCAUUGUUUAACCUAGGGCGUCUCACGAAGAGCGCCACGGUGAACACAGUUUCGUACCUGGAUGAGGAUGACGAGACGAUGAAUACGGGUGCCGUUCGGAGUAUCCACGAGUUGAGGCAGGCGGGAGCCAACAGCCGUUUUGCGGACGAGAUGGACGACAUUCUAGACAGGGUCGGGUUACCUUCAGCAAAACCCAACUCCUUGCGACGUGGCGCGUUGCUUGAGCUCGCUCAAAAGAUGAAGGACAAAGAGUUUCGCCAGCAGUUUCGGAACCAUAGUGACGGAGGUAGUUUGUUCAGGUCUCUUGCAGACGAAACGGAUCUGGCCUCUGGAUACGCGAUUCUGGCCAUAAUCACGACUCUUCUUGCCGCUACUACAUCGGCUCAUUUACUCCAACAACUACGUUCACACGGCCUCGGUGCCCUCAUCAGCCGACUUGUUACCAAUUCGACCGAUAUCGGUGUCCUUGUCAAGGACCGAAAGCAAAAUCUCACGAAAAACGGCCAAACCACCGUCACAUCCGUCAAAGGCUCGCUUCUUGAGCUCCCCGUCUGGGAGCCCUUUGCCCCAACAUCUCUGUCCCCACGCACAUUAGCCCUGAAGUGUCUGGAUCUCCUCAUGCGGCAGCCUACCCAUGCAGCGGCUGAGGAUGAGGUGCUUUCUCAGGCAGUUACGGACCGCCUGUUUUCGAUCCUGUCCGAGGGCGUUUCCAACGAAGCUUGUUGGGACUUGGAAAACCAAAAAGAAUCCUGCGACUUCUACCUCGCCCUCUAUGUUUUGGAGGGCCACUCGAUUAGCGCUAUGCAGUCCCCGCUUAGUCCGGUUUGGACCAAGCAAUAUGCGCCCAUCGUCGCGGAUAUCUUGGAAACUGCGCUACAGCGUCCAGCCGAUCAACUAGGUGAUCUUGGGAGUCUCACUCUGAGAAUCUCUUUGAACAUCACGAACCACAACGAGGAAGCAUCUCGAUUGUUUGUUGAAAAGGGUCUGCUCCGGCGAUUGGCGGACUCCACCUGCGGCGCGUUUGAGAUGGUCUUGAGUUCGAUGAAGGCCGAUUCGUUCAUGUCCAAGGUAUUGGAAACCCUCAUCAUGAUGCUAGGUGCUAUGAUCAAUUUCUGUGUGUAUUAUCCGCCGGGGUCUCGGAGUCUAGAAGAACGGGGAGACGGUGCCGGGUCAUCACUAAACCGGCUCAUCCGUGUGUUUGCAGAUAACCACACGAAGACGGCUGAUGCCGACUCGAUGGAGAAGACCCAACUCAAUGUUGCUCUGGGCUACCUCUCUGUCCUCCUAGGAUAUCUCUGCCUGACCGACUCGAUCCGAGACAGGUUCAUUCUCGUCCAUCCCAAGAAGAACAUCCAACCGUUGCUCGAUUCGCUCAACGAGUUCAUUACCUUCCAUCGCAAGGUUGCAGAGGCUCAGGGCGACGAGGCGGGGAAGCACGAGUCGGGCUCCCUGGCUCGUCUCCAAAAUCUGGCUGACCAGCUGGCGACGCUGCGUUAG